AUGGGAGAUCGACACGCAGUCCAGCAAAGCCUCAAUAGCCUACUCUCUAAACUGGAUGAUGCCGACCCGGAUAUGAGAUACAUGUCAUUGAAUGAUCUUUAUGUCGUUCUCAAUAAUCCUAGCUCUACCUAUCUGGCCCACGACCAGUUCUCCUCAGCCAAACUGGCUGAAGGCUUGCUCAAAGCGCUGGAUGACCAGCACGGUGAUGUCCAAAAUCAAGCACUAAAAUGCCUCGGUCCUCUUGUUGUUCGACUGCCUCUCGAGAGCCUUCGAAUGCUGCUCGAUAAAUUGUCGAUCCUCACUACCUCCCAAACCAUCGACACGUCAGUCCCAAACACAGCUUUGAGGGUAAUCGUCACAGCACUCCCACGGCCUCAAUCCACGCAAGCACCAGGCCCAGAAGCUACUACAGCGUACUCUGCUCUUUCUCAAGUUCUCAUACCCCGCCUCAUCGGUCCUUUCCCUUCCCCCUCCAGAAGAAGAGGCUCUAUCACAAAGGGAAUGCUGGAAAAAGACCCCGCAAAAGGUUUCAGCAGUGAUGCGAUAGACGUUGUCAUUCAAGUGGCCUCAUGCUUCGGUGCACUUCUCAGCGAGGAAGAGUUGACGGCUUUGGAGAAGGCAGUCAUGUCUAUUAUCGAUAACGAUACAGCUGGCACUGUUGUUACGAAACGGGCAUUGGCUGCUAUUUCAGCCCUCGUUCUUCACUUUUCAGACGGUCAGUUUGCAACAUUCGUUUCUGAACUUGUCGAAAGGUUCAACUCUCCCCAACUAAGUACCGUUCAUCGGCGACACCUGGUCGCUGCUGUUGGCAGUUUAGCGAGGACGGUGCCUGCCAAGUUCGGACCCCAUCUUCCUACUCUGGCACCCUUCAUCUUUUCAGCAGUUGGUGAGGAAGGUCUAGAGCCGAACCAACUUGAUAGUUCACGGCCGAUACCCUCAGUAGCUUAG